AUGGCUAUGGGACAAUCAAUUCUAGGUUGGAAACAUUGCAUUCCAGUAAUUGUUGUUGAUGGAACAUUCCUAAAAGCUGCAUUUGGCUGUACACUUCUCACAGCUUCAACACAAGAUGCAAAUAGACACAUCUUCCCAUUGGCUUUUGCUAUAACAGAUUCGGAAAACAAUGAUUCAUGGGAGUGGUUCUUCAGAAAAAUAAAAGAAUGUUAUGGAGAAAGAGAAGAGUUGUGUAUAGUUUCAGAUAGACAUGAAAGCAUAGAGAAUGCUAUAAAAAAUGUCUUUCCAAAUGUAACUCAUGGAGUGUGCUCCUACCAUCUUUUCUGCAACAUAAAGACCAAGUUUAGAACAGAUGCAGAGGCAACCAGUAUUGCAUUUCAUGCUGCUGCAAAAGCUUAUAACAUGGAAGAUUUUGAAAAAUACAUGAAGGACUUGGACAGUUUACAUGAAGGAAUCCGUCCUUUUCUGGCCAAUGAGGUUAAAUAUGAAAAGUGGGCAAGAAUCCACUCCAAAAGUCGUAGAUAUGCAACUAUGACUUCAAACAUAGCUGAAUCCAUUAAUGCAGCACUAAAAGAAAUGAGAGAGCUUCCAGUAACAACAUUACUCGAGUGCCUUAGAAACCUGAUUAAAAAAUGGAGCUACAACAACAAAAAAGAAGCAGAAGCAACGUUUACAGAAUUGCCAAAGAAACAAGAGGAAUACUUAAGAAAGAACUUUGUCAAGUCAUUAAGAAUGACUGUAGAACCAGCUAGCACACUCAAUUACAGUGUACACAAUGGUUUAACAACAAACAUUGUUGACAUUGCAAAGAAAACUUGCUCUUGUAACAAGUUUGAUUUGGAUGAAUUACCUUGUGAACAUGCCAUGGCAGUCAUUAGAAAUAUGAACCUUCAGUAUAAAAAAUAUUGCUCAUAUUAUUUCACAAAACAAGCCAUGUUGAACACCUAUAAUGCAUCAAUACAUCCAUUGGGAGAUCCAAAAACAUGGAGAGUUCCACCUAAUGUUGAGGAAAUAGAAGUACUACCUCCAAAGGGAAACAUAAAAAGUGGAAGGCCAAGGAAAAAAAGGUUUGUUUCAGCAAGAGAAGGGUCUUAUCAGCUUAAAUGUGGAAGUACAGGGAUUGGACCAUUACUUAUCACUAUUACUUGUGAUAAAGAAUUAUGA